AUGGCAUUCAUCAUCUGCGUUCCGUCGGAGGCAGACGCCCCCGCGAUCUCAACGGUGCACCUCCGCGCCAUGGACGAGAACCUCCUCACGCACGCGCAGUUUCCGAGCCCGGAGGGGUUGCGCUUUUUCCACGGGUGGCUGGCGAGGGACACGGUUGGGCAUCUGGCUGAUGGUGAUGAAAAUAAGGGGGUUUUGGUUGCGAGGGAGGAGGAGGAGGGGAGGGUUGUGAGUUUUGUGAAGUGGCUUGUUCAUCGGCCUGCUGCUGCUGCUGCUGGGCAUGAUGACGAGGAAACGAAGAAGGACGGGGGUGAAGAGGAGUGGCCGGAGGUUGCGAGGGCAGAGUAUUUGGAUCCUUAUGCGGAGUUGACGGGGAGGGUUAGGGAUGGGGUUUUGGGGAAGGGGGCUGCUUAUUAUCGUGACUUCGCCGGACGCGGAGCCGCAUCGCUGCUCCUCAGAAAAGUGCAGGACCUCGCUGCUGCAGAAGGGCUGCCUGUCGUGCUGGAGGCUACGAUGAAUGCCAUUGGGUUCUACGAGAAGAUGGGGUUUGAGGUGAGGGAUGAGUUGUCGAUGAUGUUGCCGGCGAGGGGUGCGAGUGAGCCCACGGAGUUUUAUGAGGAGAGGUGUAUGGGGGUUGUGAUAGGGUAG